GCUAGUUUCCACUGGCGCCCUCUGCUUUGUGAAAGCUUCAGUAAGUGCGGGCGUUGGUUCAAAGGUCAAUGUUUUGGACACCACAGGUCACUGACCUCCCGUGCACAAACACCAGCUUCAUCUGCUCAGCAUGGGUGCCUCUGAUUGGCUGUUCCUCCUUGGUGUCCUUUCAGUGGCGUGCGGCUCUGCCCCUGAUGACCCGUGCACCAUCAAAGCCAAGGACGUGGUGCUGGAGCCCCGCUGCGUCUACCGCGUCCCCGAGGAUGACGCCCCCGAUAAUUCGACGGAUGGCUCGGUCCCACCUUCAACUAACCCGCGCGUGUGGGAGCUGUCCGCCGCCAACGCGCGCUUCGCCUUAGCUCUCUACCGGCAGGUGGCGCUAGGGCGGGACCCCGACGCCAAUCUUUUCCUGUCCCCGCUCAGCGUGUCGGCCGCCUUCUCUAUGACCAAACUGGGCGCCUGCGGGCGCACCUUGGAGGAAAUCAUGAAGGUGUUCGAGUUCGAUUCCGUGACGGAGAGGACGUCGGAUAAAGUCCACUUUUACUUCGCCAAGCUGCUGUGUCGCCUGUACAGGAAAAUAGAUUCCAGCACGCAGCUGGCUGUGGCCAAUCGCCUCUUUGGGGACCGAUCGCUUCGCUUCAACGCCACCUACCAGAACAUCAGCCGCCAGGUGUACGGCGCCGAGAUGAUGUCGCUGGAUUUCCGGGCCCAGCCAGAAGCGUCACGCGCUGCAAUCAAUGCUUGGGUAGCCAACAAGACUGAGAACAACAUCCGGGAUGCGUUGCCUGCGGGUGCUGUCAACGCCGACGCCGUCCUGGUCUUGGUCAACACAAUCUACUUUAAGGGUUCUUGGCAGAAGCGCUUCCGCGAGGACGACGCCUACGAGGCCCCCUUCCGCGUGGACGCGUGGCGUUCGUGUUCUGUCACCAUGAUGUUCCAAGAGAGCACCUUCCGCUACGCCCGUCUGCCGGCGGAGCACCUCCAGCUGUUGGAGAUGGAGUACCGCGGGCGGGACACGGCCAUGACGCUGCUGCUGCCGGACCGAGGCCACCUGCUAGCGCAGGUGGAGACGGAGCUAAACCUCCCCACGCUGACACGGUGGUUGGAGCGGAUGACGGAGACUCGCGUGUCCGUCAACCUUCCGCGAUUCCGCCUGGAGGAGAGCCUUCGCCUGAAGGAGGCGCUCAAUGCGAUGGGACUGCGAGAUGUAUUUAGCCCGGAAAAUGCAAGUCUGCCAGGUCUCCUCGCCGACGACGCCGACGGCGUCUUCAUCAGCGACGCCUACCACAAAGCCUUCCUGGAGGUGAACGAGCUAGGCAGCGAGGCGUCGGCGUCCACCGGCGCGGUGGCGGCAGGGAGAUCCAUCAAGUUGGACGCGGAGGUCUUCGCCGCCGAUCGGCCCUUUUUGCUACUGAUCCGCGAGAAGACGCUGAACGCGGUCGUCUUCGUGGGACGCGUGGCGCGACCUUGCUAACCUCACGCCAGUUCAUUUCCUAUUAUGGAAUGAGAUACAGUAUAUUAUGAGUAGACGUCCGAUCGGUUCGAAGCGGGAGCGCUACCACUUAGAACGGAUCGGACGUCUAUGGCUGUCAAUGGCAGGUAAACAAGGCCUGAUGCGACCAAUCCAUUAGCUAAUGAAUCUUUUUUUUUGAUAGUCAAUAAACCUUUUAGAGAUAUUUUUACCAUGAGAAUUUUUUGGAGCCUCUUACUAACCCAUUUCAUAAAAAUAAAUAAAUA